UGCAUUCCCUUUCGUCGUUCGACUGAAACAAGAAAUUUCAUCAUCAUGUCUGGAAGAGGCAAAGGCGGCAAAGGACUCGGAAAAGGAGGCGCUAAGCGUCACCGUAAAGUGCUUCGCGAUAACAUCCAGGGAAUCACCAAACCCGCCAUUCGUCGUCUAGCUCGCCGCGGCGGAGUCAAGCGCAUCUCCGGUCUGAUCUACGAGGAGACUCGCGGUGUGUUGAAGGUGUUCCUGGAAAACGUGAUCCGCGACGCCGUCACCUACACCGAGCACGCCAAGAGAAAGACCGUCACCGCCAUGGACGUUGUGUACGCGCUCAAACGACAGGGACGCACCUUGUACGGCUUCGGAGGAUAAACCGCUUCAGAUCCGAGAACAAACCCAACGGCUCUUUUAAGAGCCACCCACACUCUCACUUAAAGAGACAAAAGUUUAAUUAUUGUUGGUGCCUUACGUGAAAAUUAAUACGAUGUCUGUCUAUGAGCAGUAUAGGUGUGGGUCAUUUAAUUAAAAUGUCGUAAAAAAAACGCGUCAGUUCAGUAAUUCCAUUCAAAAAGUGAAACUUGAACCUUAUGUUCACGCACACACUCGCAUGAAGAGACUGAGUUUUUGUUGUGUAUAUAGCUUUAAGUGGAAAUCUGCAUUGAUGAGGGGAAACUCAGAUCAUCUUUACUUGAUAUUUAUGACAUCUUUAUUUGAUCCUCUAACUUUAACACUCACUAUUCUAAUUCUAUUCUUUAAAAAAAAAAUCUAACUACCUUUCUGAUCUUUUCUUUGUAUUCUAUUUUCUUUUCAUUUAUUAUGCAAUUGUAUGCAUGUGUGUGUGUAAAAACCUCUAACACUAGCUUGCUCUAUUCUUUUUCUAUUCCGUUUCUUUUUAUUUAUUAUAUUCUUUAAAAGGCCAUGCUAAGUGUACUGUGUUAAUCUUACUGAGACUUGUACGGCUUCGGAGGAUAAAGGCCAUAAAGAGAUUAAUUUACAGUGUUACAAAGUUUAAUUCUAUUAGUGAAAAUGUUGAGGGUUUGUGGACAAAUUCAUUUUUGUGAAGUUUAUUGAAAGUUUGUGUAAUACACAGAGAAUAGAACUUAUGCAGUUCUUUUUAUUAUUAUUAUUGUUUAUUGUUUCCAUUGUUUUUUCACCGUUGUUCUGUGGAAGAUUCUGUCACCAAAGUAAAUUUCUCGUGUGUUUAAACAUAUCGAGCAAAAAUAAAUAUUGUUUUUCUGAC